AUGGUCACUAAGUUCACACAGGUAUCCCGGAUAAAGGAGCGUGUUGAGGAGAAGGAGGGUAUCCCGCCUGUUCAGCAACGAUUGAUCUUUGGUGGAAAACAGAUGGCCGAUGAUAAAACUGCGUCAGAAUACAAUCUCGAAGGUGGUGCGACACUACACCUCGUUCUCGCUCUCCGUGGUGGAUCUCUGACCUUGUAA